GGGCUUGGGCCGAGGCCUGCGUCUCUCCCCUGGCAGCGGUGUUGCCGGGCGCGCGCCGCUCCCACGAGGCUCUGGUUGCUACGGUGAUCGUUCGUGCAGGCGGUGACUGCUACAGCUUCCGCUGCGAAGCCCGCCCAGACCUCGCCCCGGACGUCCAGGAUUCGUCAGAGCCCGCGGAGCCCGCGCGCUGCGCGUUGCCUAGGUGAUCGCCGCGGCAAGCGCCGCAGAGCCGGCAGUGCCGCGCGAGAAGCCUCCGCAGUCGCCGCGGAUUGAAAGACGUGACCUCUGGCCCAUGUUCCUGACAGAGAAGGAGGCUUGGAUAUGGUUUUUUAAAUGCUGCAAAGUUAGGCCUACACUUGCGGUGGUACACGCCCAAUGCCUGCCUGCAGCUCAGAGAGCAUUUUCACAGUCAGGUCAGCACCGUCUGCCAGAGCAGGAACACGGGGGCUGUCGGGUCCAAGGGCAGCUUUUGCCGCUCAUCCUGAGUUGCCCACAGUCUGCUCAGGGAGCCAACAGGGCUCACAGUCGUCACACAGGCUCAAACUCUCCAAGGUGGUGGUCGUCGGCGAUCUCUACGUGGGCAAGACCAGCCUCAUCCACAGGUUUUGCAAGAAUGUUUUUGACCGUGACUACAAGGCUACCAUCGGCGUAGACUUUGAAAUUGAGCGCUUUGAGAUUGCUGGUAUUCCCUACAGCCUCCAGAUCUGGGACACAGCAGGGCAGGAGAAGUUCAAAUGCAUCGCCUCCGCCUACUACCGCGGUGCCCAGGUGAUCGUCACAGCCUUUGACCUCACUGACGUGCAGACUCUGGAACACACCAGGCAAUGGCUGGAGGACGCACUGCGGGAGAACGAGCCGGGCUCCUGCUUCGUGUUCCUUGUGGGAACCAAGAAGGACCUUCUGGGGCUGCAUGCGAGCAGGUGGAAGUGGAGGCCGUGCACCUGGCCAAUGAGAUGCAGGCUGAGUACUGGUCGGUGUCUGCCAAGACAGCGACCAGCCCACAAGAGGUGCUCAGAAGCAAUUGAUUGGAAGAGUAGUAGAUGCUGGGAAACCAGGCCCAGAGAUACGAGGGAGCUGCUGAGCAGGUGGCUGGGGCCUGCACUGCCCCUGCCCUGGCCCCACAUCUGCCGGGUCCCACCCACGUGCAGCUGCGGAUGUGGGCAGAGGCAGACAGGGUCACGGCUGUCUGGUGGGCCCACAGGGGAGAACGUGAAGGCAUUCUUCAGCCGCGUAGCUGCCCUUGCGUUCGAGCAGUCGGUGCUGCAGGACCUGGCGAGGAGGAACAGCGCCUGGCUCCAGGUCGGCGACGGAGACCUCAUCCAAAUAGAUGGAAGUCCACCUGAGAUCCAGAAGAGCAGGAGGUCCUCCGGCCUGGGUUGCUGUUAGCUGGGGCCUCAGAGCUCCCACUCCCAACACACACGUGGGCGGUGCUGUCCAAGGCUGUGGAGCGGUACCAUGGAGCCCGAGCUCUGCCAUGUGCUGCUCACCCACCAUGCUGACCCCAGCUCUCAGCCACUUCUCUUUAGCCAGAGGAGCCAGGAAAGGCCCCCACUACCUGCCUGGGGGCCCCACACUGCCCGGCUGCUGCGCGCACUGUGGUGAUCAUUCGGAAGGCCAACGCAUCUACAGAGUCACCAGGCAGUCCCCCUGGCCGUAAGGGGCCUCGGGAUUGCAGACAGGGGCCCCCUGGGCCCCCAUGGCCCAUAUCCUUGCCCUCGGUACACAUCCACAGCCCACUCAGGUGCUCUCCCAGCUCGCCUGGGCAGACCUUACCAAGCCAGCUGGAGGGAAAACCCACCUGCCAUCCCUGCUCGGGACUUCUCAGUUAUUAAUACAACUUGCAGUUCUGGGCCUCAGGGCCCCAGGCUUUGCCAUUCCCUGCUCUGCCCCAGACUUGCGGGAUCUAUGGGCUGCCUGCCUCCCUGGAGGAGGAUAGAUGAGCAGGUCUCUGGGGCCCUUUCUGGCUGAGGGGCUGUCUCUGGCUCUUCUGAGACCCCUGGAGUCCUGCCCUCCUGGUCAGUGGAUGAGAGGACUGGCAGAACAGGCCUCUUGCCCCACUCUGGCCCACUGUGGACGACGAAUUUCCCCAGCCGUGCCGCAGGAAGACGACUACCCAGCUAGUCCUGGGGUUACUCACUGCUAUAAUCCUCGUGCAUGGCACUGUCCUCCUUCGCCCCCGGCAGCAGUCACCCAGACUGCUGGGCUGGUGCCCACCAUUGCCCUCGCCACCCCUCACCCACCAAGAAAGCCUGCACAAGAAAGGUAUGGGGAACAGCAAAUGCCAGGUAUGUGCUUCCCAGGGCCUUUGUGAUGGCGUCUACCUGUUUUGGGAGGACAUCAGAGGCCCACUGGAGUCUAGUGAGCUCCCCAUCUGCACACCCAGAGCAGGCAGGAGCAGUCCAGGCCUCCCUCCCCCGCUCCUGCCCCAAGUGCCCCUCUCUGUGCCUUCUUAUUGCUUCUCCAUGGGGGGCUGUUAACUACCCCCUCCCACCCCAUA